AAGACAUCAAGAGCCCCCGCCCUGCGCUUGUGCACCAGGGAAGGUUCUCUUCUUCUCUGCCAUGGCUUCUUCUCUACUGAGCCUCGCCGUCUCGGUUUCCGUGGACAUUCAGACACAUCGAUAGAUAGAUAGCUAGCUAGCUAGCUUGGCUGCCGCUCGCUCUCGAGCGACAAAGCCCCCGCGCAGAAACCGGCUCUCCGUGCAACCCCUCUUUAUUACCCACCAUACCCACUUCUUAUUUUAUUCACACUAGUCCCGGGAGAGAGAGAGAGAGAGAGAGAGAGAGGUGUAUAUUUUAGGGAGAGUGAGAGUCGUAUCGGUAUUGCCCUGUUGGUAGAGAAAAAUGAAAUUGGUGAAGUAAGUCAGCUGGGUACAAAUUGUCCCGUUUGAGAUAGAGAUUGGUCCUGGGGAAUCGAGCCACCGAGUUCUUGAUGCAGGCUGUGGCACUGACGAAGACGCUUAAGAGAGUUGGUGGUACUCGUAACUGUACUUUGUCACGGUUCCAUGGCUUUAUACUUGUGCUUCUCUCUUGUUCGUUUGUGUUUGUACUCUAAAUCUGAACUGACUCGGCUGUCUCGAGCUGUUUUUGGUUAAUCCAAGCCUCUCCUGGUUCGGAUCUUGGAGCUCUUUCGGGUUCAUUUUCACGUGAGAUAUUUGUCGGAGGGAAUCGAGUGGAACAAGGGCUAAGAAUCGAGGAUGUUGACAUGUAUUGCUUGUUCGAAGCAAAUGGGCGGCGGAUCACUGCCUCAGCAAGAAGACGACGACACCGCCGCGACGCCGAGAACGAAGCAAGCGAUUAAAGCUCUCACAGCUCAGAUCAAGGACAUUGCGGUAAAAGCUUCGGGAGCGUAUAAGAACUGCAAGCCGUGUUCGGGAUCGUCGAAUCGCAAGCAGAACAGGAAUUACGCCGAUUUGGAGGCCGGCUCGGCGUCGGAGAGGUUUCAUUGCUCGUAUCGGAGGGCCGGAAGUUCGAGCUCGACGCCGACGCUGUGGCGGAAGGAAAUGGAAGGGAGGCUCAAGGGGCUUUCGAGCGGCGAAGGCACGCCGGCGUCGGCGAGCGGCCGGACCGAGUCCGUGGUGUUUAUGGAGGACGAUGAGCCCAAGGAAUGGGUCGCCCAGGUGGAGCCUGGCGUGCUUAUCACUUUCGUUUCGCUGCCUCAGGGAGGGAACGAUCUGAAACGGAUUCGAUUCAGUCGCGAGAUGUUUAAUAAGUGGCAAGCUCAAAGGUGGUGGGGUGAGAACUAUGACAAGGUUAUGGAAUUAUACAAUGUCCGCAGGUUAAAUCAAGAAGAAGCACCAUGUCCAACUCCACCAAGAUCUGAGGAUGAGAGCUCAAAAAUGGAAUCUGCUGAGGAAAGCCCUGUGACACCACCUCUUGGCAAAGAGCGUCUACCUCGCAACUUCCCCCGUCCUACAGGGGGAAUGGGUUACUCUUCGUCUGAUUCACUUGACCACCCAAACCAAUCCCAUCACUACUGCAAUGCAGGUGGUCUUGCUUCAACCCCAAAACUCUCCAGCAUCAGUUGUGGAAAAACUGAAACGUCUUCAGUAGAUGCUUCUGUGAGGAGUAGCUCGUCAAGAGAGGCGGAUCGCUCAGGGGAACUGUCCAUAAGCAAUGCCAGUGAUUUGGAGACUGAAUGGGUUGAACAGGAUGAGCCUGGUGUCUACAUCACUAUCCGAGCAUUGCCAGGUGGCACUAGGGAGCUUAGACGUGUUCGAUUCAGCCGAGAAAGGUUUAAUGAAAUGCACGCAAGAUCAUGGUGGGAAGAGAACCGAGCCAGGAUACAAGAGCAGUACUUGUGAUGUUGGAGAUUUCUUUUCUUUUUCUUAAACUUGCUAGUUCUUUUUCUUUAUUUUUCCCACCUUACUUUCUUUUCUUUUCUUUCUUUGUAGCCCUGUUUCCUCAGUUAUGUACCCUCUUAAUAAUUACACUCUUUGAUCAUCUGAAUAGAUAUAGCUGCAUCUUUGAAAGCAAA